AUGGAAUCGUCACGUGGUUCAAGUGGUAAAGCACAAAGUCGCCAUUAUCGUAAUAUUCGUUUAGAAGAACAAAAUCAUGAUUAUCGACGUAAUUAUCUUCCAUUUACUAUUCCAUCAUCGUUUUACAAUAUUGUACAUGUUCAUCGAUUUACUACCAAUGAUACUAUUUCAACAUUAAUUAAUCAUUUCGAAUCAUGUUAUAGAUAUUCAAUUGAUACAGAAUCAGAUCGGUUUACAUAUGAUUUAUCUCUUAUUCAAGUUCAUUCGAUUCCUCAACAUUUACCAUCAUUUAUUGUAUUAUUUGAAAUUAACCAUCUACCUUCAUCAGAUUCAUCAUUAAUGGGUAAAAUUAAAUUAUUAUUUAGUCUUUUAUUUCGUUUAGGAAAUAUUAUUUUUUCUUGGGGAUCGAUGUCUGACGAAUUAAAAUCUGCUAUUCAAAUGAAUUUAUUUACAUGGCCAGUGUCAGCAUUAUGUAUUAAUUUACAAGAUGAAUUUCCUGAUCCAAACUAUUCACCAUUAUCAUCAUCUGAACGGCGUAAACGAAUUAAUUAUGCAAUUUAUGAUUGCUUUGCCGUUACCUUAUUACAUCAAGCAAUUUAUGAUAAAUGGUCGUUAACUCAACUUCGUGAAACAGAAUUAAUAUCUUUAUUUACUUCGAAUGCUCCACCUCAUUCUUCAUCAUUAUCUUCAUCAACAUUAUUGGAAAAUAUUUCUGAAGAUGAAAAUGAAACAAAAUCAACAUCAUUAUCUAUUUCAAAUGCUCUACUUCAUUCAUCAUUACCUUUAUCAAAUUUAUUAGAAGACAUUUCUGACGAUGAAAGUGAGGAUGAUGAAGUAUUUAUUUCAUCUCUUUCUAGGCAUCAUGAUACAGAUCAAUUAGUUAAUACAACUCGGCAUGUUGAAGUUUUUUCUACUGCAGUUCCUGAAAAUGAUGUUAUAGAACUUAUUCCAUCUGAUCAAGAAUUUUCUUCUAACGAACCACCUCAACCACGUCGCAAAUGUCGAUCAACAACAGCAAGAAUACGUCGUAAUCGUAAACGUAAUAUGGUCAAACGUUCACAUCGUGAUCGACAUAUCAUUUAUCGAAACGUCUAUCAUCGAUUUACAUUAAAACAAAUUAAAAAUAUUCUUCGUACUCGUGAUGUUCGAUAUGUUCAUCCAAAACUCGAUAAAUCUCCACGAAUUUUAUCAAUUGGAAUGAAAAAAUCAUCUUUAGUGGACUUAUAUUUUGAUCGAAUACCCGGUGAUUUAUUUGAUAAAUUUCAUUAUCAACAAUAUCGUCGACAAGGACAUUAA